AUGGAUGCAAAAGGAAGAUUGUACCAUUGCGAUGUCUGUUCAUCAGAUUGCACUAAUAGGAUACGGAUCCAAUGUGCUAUCUGUACAGAUUAUGACUUAUGUGUUCCUUGCUUUGCAGCUGGGCUCACCACAGGGGACCAUAAGCCAUGGCAUGAUUACCAAAUUAUCGAGCAGAGUACAUACCCCAUAUUUGUGGAAGAAUGGGGUGCUGACGAAGAAUUGUUGUUGAUUCAAGGAUGCGAUACGUUUGGCUUGGGUAACUGGCAAGAUAUUGCAGAUCAUAUCGGCAACAGAUCCAAAGAAGAAGUUGCCAAACACUACUUUGAAGUGUACUUGGACGAAAAACACUAUCCUUUACCGGACAUGUCCAAGGAUUUCAGCUACAUCACACCUUUAGAGUUUUUGGAAAAGAGAAAGGAACGUUUGGAGUACAGAAAGAAUUUACCCUUGCCUCCACCAAAGUCAAAACCAGUUGCUUCAGUUCCAUUAUGUCACGAAAUUCAAGGGUACAUGCCUGGUAGAUUGGAGUUUGACCAUGAAGCAGAAAACGAAGCAGAGAUUCCAGUCAAGGACUUGAUCUUUGAUCCAGACGACCUGGCUGGCGAUAUAGAGUUGAAGUUGACUAUUUUGGACAUCUACAAUUCGAGAUUGACUACGAGAGCUGAAAGAAAGAGAGUGAUGAUUCUCAAUAAUUUGCUUGAGUACCGUAAAAACAUCAGCGCGGAUAAGAGAAAGUCUAAGGAAGAGAAAGAUUUACUCAAACGUAUAAAUGCCUACAUUCGUGUUCUUACACCUGACGACUUUGAGGCUUUCACUAAGGACUUUUUGUCAGAGUUGAAGUGUCGCAUCCGAAUCCAACAACUUCAACAAUGGCGACGUAAUGGCAUCACCACCAUUGAAGAUGGUAACAAGUUUGAAAAGGAUAAGUUGAUCCGAGCUGCGCACUAUCAGCGUAUGGGCAAUGGUGCAUUGAGUAUGAUAAGUAAUGGUAGCUCUAAUGGCCAUCGCAAGCCGUAUUCUUCAGCUAGUUCACCACAGCCUGAGUUUAAGCCCAAGAUUGGCAGUGCUCGUGCUCCGUUAGAUAUUUCGCAUGCUGCGGACUUUGAGUUGUUGUCCAACGAAGAGAAGCAGUUGUGUGCGACGCUAAGGAUCUUGCCCAAGCCGUACUUGGCAAUCAAGAACCAGUUGAUGAAAGAGGCUGUUAAGAACAACGGAGCAUUGAAGAAAAAGGAUGCAAGACAAGCGUUGAAGAUCGACGUGAACAAGGCAUCAAAGAUUUACGAGUUUUUUGUCCAGAUGGGAUGGUGUUCACAAGGUUAG